AUGUCGUCUGCUGCUGUAGGGACUCACUCAGGGGCUGGUCCCCUUAGUUUGAUGUCCUGCGUACGCGAGUCAUCUCCUCUCCAAGACUUCGACUCUGACACUGAAAAAAGUGUGGCGUCUAAGCGAAAGUUUUGGAAUCCGAGGAAGUGGUUUAAGAGGAAGAACAAGGCCAGCGGAGACGAUGUCGUUGUCGUGGAAGUUACCGAAAUCGGGAAAGAUGCGCUUCGUAGCAGGUCUACCAGCGAGCUUUCCGUCACCGAAGAAGGACGAAGGAGAAGUUCCUCUUCAAUGCACCCCGGACUCAGCGUGUCCCACGACAGUGUUUUUCAUUCGCCGAACUCCGGUUCAGAUAUGGAAUUAGACAAUGCACAAAGUUCGUCUUCCCUGUCUAUAUCGCAGCCUCUCGGCGAUCUCAGAUUACAGACUGAACUAACUGAGAGGUUGAGACUAAGAAGAGGCCGCGGUGAUACUAGCGAAGACGAUGAAGGCCUUCCUCAUAGCCCAUGUAACUCGCCGACUGCUUCAGAUGGACUACUCGUUGAUAAGACUGCAAUCAAAGAUCUCCCAACAAAAUCGCAUAGUACAUGUAGUGAUGGAUCGUUACUUAGCAUGGGCAGUUAUGAGGAUGUGGAAUCCUAUGAACAACAUUCUAGACAUUCCUCAAAGUUGUCGUUACAGGAGAAAAAGCCUAACCAAGAUUCCUACGUAGAAUUCACACUAAGGUCUACAGGUACGCCACUUAACCACAGUGCAGCACACCAUCGAGUAUCACUUAAACCAAAAAGAACACAUGGAGCACCAAAAAGAAAAAAGUCGCAAACGCUUUCCAAAGUGCUGCCAGUUACUCCGGAAGUUAAUGAAGAGUCGUCCAUCAGGAGUAUGUCGCCAGAAAUUAAUAAGAAAGAGUCCCUAAUCGAACUUUAUAGCGUAAGUUCAACAAAAACUUUAACAGAAACACAAUUAAAAUGUUCCUCUUUGCCUCCCGGAUUAUCAGCUCCAGGGGCAGAAUCCAACAGGUUGAAUAGGAGCAAAUCCAAUGCUGGAAGUAAAUCGCAAGAUCUUUUUUCUAAAUUACCGGAAGAUAACGAUGAAAAAGAAGAGAAACUGUCGCUGCUUGAUAGGAUAUUUCCCAGAAAGAGCAGUAGAAAAAAAAAGAAAGGAGAUAAAGAAUUUAAGAAUGAAGGAGUUGUUAAAGAAAGUAAGGAGAAAGAAUCGGAAAUAACCAAACACGAAACGAUAUCAUCUAAACAUGAAACUACCGAAACAGAUUGGGUGAGAUCCUAUACUGAGAUAACGACACGAAAAAUGGAAACUUCCAAACCUAUACCUGCCCCCAGAUCGGGACCGGCUUCCAGGCAACGCGUACUGCCUAUGGAUAUCAUCGAAACACAUGAAGAAGUAAAAAAAGAAUCAAUCGUACUUCCAAAAUCGUCACCAGAAAAGAAUAGUUUAGAAAGUACUUCACCUCUUCAAGUCGAGCUUGAGAAUCGAUUCAAGCAAAGACAGAUCUCCUUAUCUACUAGUCCUUCAUCGCCGACUGCCAAAACUUUGGAAAACUUUACUACCCCGUUGUCUCCAAGAAGCCCUAUCGCACUAAGAAACUCCAAAAAUCCCAACCUCCCAACUGUGAUAUCCUCCAAAUACGAUUAUUCUCAAGUUUCGAGAUCAUCAACCACCACUAAGUAUACAGAAACAAAAACAAAGAGCGAAGAAUUUAAACAUAAAUUAAAAAUGCCAGGUUUAUCUUCCUUGCAACAACGCGUUCUAUCCCUUAAUGAAGAUGAUUCUGAGAACAGUUUCAGGUCUUUAACUGAGUUGCAAUGUGAACACAAACCUUUAAGACCCAUUUCAAAGUCUCACAGCUUUAAGACUGUGAAACAAACAGAAAGAAAAGCGGAUAAUAUCAAAACGGAAACUCAAGAUUUUUUGAAUAAAGAAAAGGAUAUAAGCAAAAUUACUUUUACUAAAGCAGCAUCCUUAGAUAGCGUUAAAAAUCUUGACGAUCCAAUGCACUUAUCCGAAGUUAAAAUAGAACUGAAAAAGAAACCAGAAAUUAUAAUAAAGACUGAACAAAAAGUGAUAGAGUCUUCAGAACCUACAAUUACUAUAUCGGGACCCAGUCACACAGCAGUGGUUAAUGUUACUAGCAAUGUUGACGACUUUAGUAGUUUGUCUAAAAAGCAAACUUCUGAACAUGUAGAUGGCUCUACAACCAUUUCCAUCAAAGAACAGCAAGUUUCCGUUACUAAGAUUCAAGUUAAACGAGAAUCUACACAGGUUACUCAAAGUACAGUGUCUGUACCAAAGGCCAGCGUGCCAGAAUUUUUAAAUAAACAGCUGAAUAAAGUUGAAGUUAAACCAAGUAAUAUUAUUCUUUCAAUGAAGUCGCCUAAGAUUAUAGAAGACCAAAAUAGACCCAAAACUUUGUUUAAUUUUGAUAUUGAUUCCGACGUGGCAGCCAAACCACCAACCCCGAAAAAAUUCAGUAGAGAAAACAUAGAAAUCAUCGAAAAAGAAGAUCCUACGCCUUCUCCAAAAACGCCUCCAAUUCUUAGUGUAAGCUCACCUAGAUUUAAGAAAAGUGAAGGAAGCAAUUCAAGAAAAUCUUCAAUAGUAUCUAUCACUCCAGAGUCUCCUGUUAGAGAAAGACCAUCAAUAAGACGAAAAUCAUCUAGUCUUUCAUCUCUUAAUGAUUCUGACAAGUCUUCGCAGGAUAGUUUGGAAAAAUUAGAUGAAAAACCAAAAGACAAAGAUAGUUCUGUUGGUGAAAGUGUUAUUUUACGUAGAAAAUCUGUUGCUUCUAGGAAGAAGGACGAUGAACCUGAGCUGAUGAAGGUUUUUGCGAGGCGAUCACUAAAACUUAAAGACAGCGAUAUAGAUGCUUUACAAGAAAGUAUCAAAGACACUAAAACUAGAGAUAGUGAUAAAGAAAACCAAGGCGAUUCUCCUUUAGAUGAAAGGAAAAAGAUUUUUAGUAAACUAGAAGCUGAAACAGAAAGGCCUAAAACAGACAAGCUUAAAACUGAAGUAAAACCAGAGGAAUCAGUAAAAGAACCCCUAGUGGAGACUAAAGAAGCCGAUAAGGGACAAAAUAGUUCUCCGGUUGUGCUCAGAAGAACUCAAAAUAACAAUCUCUUCGCUGGCCAAAGAGCUGUGACUAUAAACCCUUCAAAAACUUCGGAUUUUAUUAUAAAGAAACAGACGAAUUUUAGUGAGCAUAGAAAGACGGAUCAGUGGAUUUCUAAUAUGAAGAACGAGGAGGUGGAGUUAAAGGAGAAGAUCGUACAAGAGGAUAUAUUGAACAAUAUAUCGCCUAGUGGGGAUUUUAUUAUGGAAUCGAAGAAUUUUAGUCAGAGGAAAGCUGAAUGGGAGAAGAGGGCUCAACAGGCAAAGAAACCUUCACCUUAA